CCCUCGGGCGCCACUUCUCUAAACUGACCCCCAACAAGCUAUCGACAAAGGCGUCAAAGGGCCCCGGGCACCCUAACCUCACCCAGGGGGGGCCUUUAAUCCCGCUGCCCGCUGGCCCCACCUUCACCUGCCGCACCGCCCCUCCCCCCUCCUCCCCGACACUUCCCUACUCUGGAUACCUCCCCUCCCCGCACCUUUAGCAGAUCUAAUGACACCCUGGGCGCCCUGGUCCCGCCGCCCCGCCCUGCCCGGCCCCUCCGGCCGGAGCCCAUGCUGGCCAUCUGCGUGCAGUCAGUGUGAGGGACGGGACCGAGCCGCACGCCGCCGCGCUGCCGAUACAUGGCCCUGGUGAUCGCCGUGCUCAUCCUGGGCGUCGUCCCGGGGCUGUCGACGACCUCGCUGCUGGGCGCGGCCAAGCCCACCCUAAGCAGUCACACCGUUGCCUCAGGGACAGACCCCGGGUCCCAGGGCGAGUACGGCCUGGACGUGCUGGUGAGGUUCACGCACCGCGACCUGCAGCGCGCUCUUGGCGCGCACCUCAACACGACUGCCUCCGUGACCACAACGUCGCCGCCACAGCAUCCCACCAGGCAGGACGACGACCACCUCGACGUCCUUCCCGAGGAACACUCCAGCAGGCACCUGGACGUCAUCGCCAAUGGUCACCCCACCAGUAACCUGAAGGUCCUGCCCGACGGGCACCCCGCCAGGCACUACCGCAGGGGCAGAGCGCGCAUCGUACCUCCUGACCAGUUGAACCUGACGCUGACCGCGGCCGAUCCCCCGCCCGUGCGCGCGCUGCCCCGCGAGGCCCCCGCGGCCGCACCGCACCUGUGGGGCGAGUGGGGCCCCUGGAGCCACUGCAGCCGCUCCUGCACCGCCCGCCGCUACCGGACGUGCGCGCACGAACCCCUGUGCGGCCGGGAGGUGCUCAAGGACCAGGCCUACUGCUACGUGCACGGCGGCUUCUGCCACGGCUGGCUGCAGAAGAAGGCCCUCCAGCAGCAGGAGUUCCUACAGCAGCCCGAGCAGCAGCAGCCGCCGCCGCCCGCGCUGUACGACGUGCUCAAAAAAUCACAAGUUGCAGAUGAGCCGAGCAGCAACUCGCUGCUGCCGCACGACGCGGAGGCCGCGGAGGGGGAGGAGCCGGGCGCGGAGGGCUGCGGCGUGCACAACGCGUCCUUCCUGCACACCAACAUGCUGCGCAUCGUCGGCGGCACCACGGCCCCGCGCGGGGCGUGGCCCUGGCAGGUCGCCGUGCUCAACAGGUUCAAGGUGGCGUUCUGCGGCGGCACCCUGGUCUCGGCGCGCUGGGUGCUGACGGCCGCACACUGCCUGCGCCGCCGCCUCUACGUGCGCGUCGGCGAGCACGACCUGUCGCGCCGCGAGGGCGGCGAGUUCGACGUGAAGGUGGCGGAGCAGGUGGCGCACCCGCGCUACGACGCCGACACCGUGGACAACGACGUGGCCCUGCUCCGGCUGUGGCGCUGGCCCGCGCCCUACCCCGCCGUGCCCGCGUGCCUGCCGCGCCCGCGACAACCCCUGCCCCCCGGCACGCCCUGCACCAUCCUGGGCUGGGGUAAGCGCAGGCACGGCGCCCUCCUCGGCGCGCAGCAGCUGCAGCAGGCCGAGGUGCCCGUGGUGAGCCAGGCGCGCUGCCGCGCCGCCUACCGCCACGUGCCGCUCACGCUCACGCGCAGCAUGGUGUGCGCGGGCGACUGGCGCGACGCGUGCGCGGGCGACAGCGGCGGCCCCCUGCUGUGCCGCGAGCCCUCCUCGGGCCCCGCCGGCCCCGCCGGCCGCUGGCAGGUGCACGCCGUCACCUCCUUCGGCGACGGCUGCGGCGCCAAGCACCGCUUUGGGAUCUACGCCCGGGUGGCCGGCCACGUCCGGUGGAUCCGCAGCGUCAUGCGCUCGCGACCAGCGCGGUGAAGACCCCAAGUACUGCCGCGAACACGUUACGAUAUGGCGUCGUACCAACUUGGUUUCGUCAAAAUUUCCGCUGAAUACGUGAAAAUUUUUGAUAUUGAUAAGAAGUUGAAGACUCCCAGAAAUUCGACUUAUUGGUGUCCGUGCUUUUGUGUGUGUGUGGGGGGGGAAGGAGGCAUACAACCCGCUGGAUUUGGUUCGUAACCGAAGACCUCGCAGGCAGAACCCACUCCGCGUUCGUUUAAAUGCACCAAUUGCUAUCGAUGAUGGACUUGAUUACGGGAGUCACGUCCCAUCUGCUCGGUAAAAAAGCAAUUGAGUUAAGUCCCGCGAGACUGGGAUUAAAGUCGAGGGCGAGGAGUCUGCAGCCCAAUCCCCUUCGAGCCAGCGUGUACCGAGCGCUCUCCGAUCGGUGAGCGGUAGGUAUACUCCUCGCCCCAAAGCCCAACUCACUCGAAUUCCGCGCUCACCUUUUCGUGCCAUCUGGCGGCUGCCUCGGAAACUAGGACGCAACGCGACGCGCGGCCCUCUCCAAAAAUCGCGCCACGUUUCUUCUCGGAAGAAUGACAACCUGUAACAGUAACUUUACUCAAUCUUUCAUCGAGACAUCUUGUGUGUGACCGGUUUUUUACUGUUUCUGAAUUAAACAUAUUUUUACUUUUAUAGGAAAACAUGAA